UGCGCCUCACACGGUUUCUUCUUCAACACACUGAGCUGAAUCACUCAUUGAUUUUUUGUUUUCUCUCUCUAUGAAUUAAAAAAUUAAAAGUGGAAGUAAGAGAUCGCCAAUCGCCAUAACCCAUCUUCCACGGCUCUUCAUUUAAGUGCGCAAUUAGUGCCUUCAAUUUACAUUUCUCUGUUUUUGCCGCCUCUUCUGCCCUUUUUUGCUUCUCUUGUCAACUUCUUCCAUUUCUUUUUCAAAUUUUUAUUUUUUGUUUUUUUUAGAAAAUAAAUUUUGGUAAAGAAAACUGAUAGAUGAAUGGUUGAUUGAUGAUAGAUAAACCCACCACUAUAACCCCAUUUAACUUCAAACACUAUUCCUGUCAUUUGUAGUUGUUGCGCCACUUAAAUCCAAACCAAACCACCCCAUUUCUCUCUCUUUUUCUUCUCUCGAACCCUAGAUUUUCUUUUCAAAUUUGCUUCUGGGUUUGCGGUGGAUUAGCCCCACUAGGUGGGAUUUUUGAGCUUUUAUCUUGUUGUGUUAGUUAUUUGUUGUUCUGGGGUUGAUUUGAUUUGAAUUUGAGCUGUAAUGAGUGAAGAUAAUUCAGACCCAAUUGAGGGAGGUGGCAAUGAAGAUUGUUAAUCCAUUUCACAUGCAUUGCUUCUAUGGGAAAGAGUGAAGAAGAACAGCCACUGCCGGUUGGAGUGAGCUCUUCUGAGCUUUCUGACCGGAAUGUGGAGAACAGAUGCGGCGGCGGUGGGUGCUCUGAGAUUCGUAAACUGAUUGCGGUGAGAUGUGUGUUCUUCCUGUUACUAUCAGCGGCUGUGUUUCUUUCUGCUAUUUUUUGGCUGCCACCGUUCCUAUCCUAUGGAAAUUGGCCGGAUCGGCCUAUUGAUUCUGCUUAUAGAGAUCAUGACAUAGUAGCAAGUUUUCAUGCUUGGAAGCCAGUUCCUUUUCUGCAAAACCAUAUUUUUGAGCUUGAGGAUAACAUUUUCGGAGAAAUACCCAUACCUUCUGUCAAGGUGGCUAUCCUCUCACUACAAUCAUUAAGUGGACCAAAUGUAACAAAAAUAGUUUUUGCGGUAGAUUCUGAUGCCAAGUAUUCAAAAAUUCCCCCAACAUCUCAAAGCUUAAUCAAGGAAACCUUUGAAACAUUGGUUAUAAAUGAACCUCCUCUCAGAUUGAAUGAAUCUUUAUUUGGCAAUACAUCCUUAUUCGAGGUGUUGAAAUUUCCCGGAGGAAUAACUAUUAUUCCUCCUCAAAGUGCAUUUCUUCUUCAGACAGCGCAGAUCUAUUUCAAUUUUACGUUAAAUUAUUCUAUAUAUCAAAUUCAAGUGAAUUUCGAUGAUCUUUCCAGCCAGCUGAGGUCGGGAUUACGUCUAUCUCCUUAUGAGAAUUUAUAUGUUAGCCUAUCAAACGAGAGAGGCUCAACAAUGGAUGCACCCACUGUUGUCCAAUCAUCUGUCCUGAUGGCAAUUGGGACUAAUUUAUCUUCAUCGAAACAAAGGCUGAAACAGUUGGCUCAUACCAUCACAAAUUCUCAUUCAGGGAACCUUGGCCUGAACAACACCGUAUUUGGUAAGGUCAAGCGGGUGCGUCUUUCAUUUCUAAACCACUCUCUUGGUGGUGGUGGAAAUGCAUGGUCGCCUUCACCUGCACCUCUGCCUCAUUCCCACCACCACCACCACCACCACCACCACCACCACCACCACCACCGUCAUCACCACCACCACCAUCACCACCAUCACCACCACCAUCACCACCACCACCACCAGCAUGCUGCAUAUUCACCAAGUCCCGGAACAGAGGAGCACAAACAUGCACCGAAAAACGGGGUCUCAUCUGCUCCCGAAGCUGGUUCAUCCCCAAUGGAAGGUCCAACUUCAAGAAAAAGAAACUACGAAGCAACCCCACCUGCUUUUCGUUAUGGAUAUAAAAGAUCGUCAACAAAACUCAGAAAACAACAUCAUUUAGGCCCUAUUCCUUCUCCAAGCAGUUCUCCACCGUCGCCGUACUUACGAGUAGGCCUGCCAGCACCCGUCUCUGAUUCUAUUUCUGCAUCUAGUCCACUGUCAGGUGUAGUUUUAUCUAAUGUACAGCCUCCAAAUACAGGCAGCGGACAUGCAGAAAAUUUUGAAAGAAGUUCCCCUUCCGUCUUACCACCACAAUUUUCUUCUACUGCAGAUGUUCGUGUUUAUACUAUUCAAUGGACACUUGCGCUAUUUCUACUUGUAUGGCACGUAUAACCAAGCAGAUAAAACCUACAUGUAACAUGCAUAUUUCAGGAUGACCUCAUAAUUCAGAUUAGAGUUACGGUAGCGAGACCGACGCAAAGGCGUGCUCCUGCUAGAGUUGAUAAAUGAUGUUUCCAUGUAUGUAAAUACCAGAUGAAGCAAGUUGGGAGAUGCAUUUUUGUAGGUCAAAGUCACAGAGGUGGCAGGCCUUUUGUAAUUGUGUAUUGUGUUUCUCUUCUCCAUAAAAUGUGAGGAGGGAAGAAAUCUGCUAAAUGCGUCUCAUUUUGUUUUGUUCUCAACUUAUAAUUGUUAUAAGGUCAAUCAAGCAAUUACAAUUUUUUUUCAA